AUGGUGAGGAUGAGCAUCAAAGAAACCAAAGUCAGUAGUGAGGAAAGGAGCGGAAGCGAGGAAGGUGAAAAAGAGCCUGGAAUUUGCAAAGACAAGGAGAUGGUAGGCAGCAUAUUCAAGCCAGUGGAUUUGAAUGAUCUCAAGAGCAAUAAAACCAUCUUUGAGGAUCUUGGCGGAGAGAAGAAGCAACCAAAGGAAUCUGAGUUUUUGAAAACGCCUGUCUCAAAGAGCUCGGAACCUGUCCAGAAUGAAAUUCCAGGGGUUGUGUUUAAGGCAGGGGCCAACCUGCACAAGUUUGUGGGUGAGUGGGAGAAUAUAGGGCCUGGGUUUGUGUAUGUGACGAAGAGCAAGGAGAAGAGAUGCUUCUUUAUUAGGGAUGGUGUGAUGAUGUGUGCAUUUGACUUCCUUGUCACCUACGAUGUAAGACCCACAAAGAAGAAGCUGGGAGUAUGCAUUGGAGUUAGAGAGAUGGCUGAGAGUAAAUGUAUUGAGCAGCCUUACUGCGUUGUGUUCAAGAACGAGAACGAUGCAAAUGAGUUUGUUCAGACGAUGAAGAUUUAA